AUGAAAACAACCAAAAGGGCUCGUAUUGUAAACCUAUCAUCGAGUGCCCAUCGUAUCGGUGAGAUUGACCUGGAUAAUAUUAAUCUAAAACAUGGCGCUUAUAGUCCAUUGAAAGCCUACGCCCAAAGUAAACUGUGCAACGUGCUAUUUACUAAGGAGCUCGCCAAAAGAGUACCAGGCUCAAAUAUUAACGUAUACGCCCUUAAUCCCGGUUUAAUCAACACUGGACUGGACAGAUACGUGUGGUCACCCGUUCCCACUAGUCUUAAACCCUACCUGUAUUUAAGCCCAAAGAUGGGAUCCCAGACUACACUCUACUGUGCCAUCGAUGAGACUCUGGAUAAUGAUAAUUGUCGUCGCGUUGAGCACAUGGUUUCCAACGCCAAAAACGAUACGACCGCUCGUCUACUCUGGGAAUUGAGCGCCGAUUUAGUCAAUCUCGAGAAGGAGCUGAGGAUUUAA